AUGCGACAAAGGAAGCCUCGAGGACAGGCGGGUGAGAGGAUCCUGGGCUACGCGGAGGAGCCGUGCUACCUCUGGUUCGUGAUGGAGUUCUGCGAGGGGGGAGACCUCAACCAGUACGUGCUGUCGCGACGGCCCGACCCGGCCACCAACAGGAGCUUCAUGCUGCAGCUGACCAGCGCCAUCGCCUUCCUGCACAAGAACCACAUCGUCCAUCGGGACCUCAAACCGGACAACAUCCUCAUCACCGAGAAAUCCGGCACCCCCGUUCUCAAGGUGGCCGACUUCGGGCUCAGCAAGGUGUGUGCCGGGCUCACGGCUCGGGGCAAGAAGGGCGGCCCCGAGAACAAAAAUGUGAAUGUGAACAAGUACUGGCUGUCCUCGGCUUGCGGCUCCGACUUCUACAUGGCCCCCGAGGUCUGGGAGGGACACUACACGGCCAAGGCUGACAUCUUUGCCCUCGGCAUCAUCAUCUGGGCCAUGAUCGAGAGGAUAACCUUCAUCGAUGCCGAGACCAAGAGGGAGCUGCUGGGGACCUACAUCAAGCAGGGGACCGAGAUCGUGCCCGUCGGGGAAGCGCUGCUAGAAAACCCAAAGAUGGAGCUGCACAUCCCUCAGAAACGCAGGACUUCCAUGUCUGAGGGCAUCAAGCAGCUCCUCAAGGACAUGUUGGCUGCUAACCCGCAGGAUCGACCUGAUGCCUUUGAGCUUGAAACCAGGAUGGACCAGGUGACAUGUGCUGCUUAAAUUCCGGGCAGGGCACCGCCGUGCUUUGCAGCUGGGUUUAUUUUCCAGGGACCCGUAAUCUCCAUUAUUUACGUGCAACGAGGGAUGUCAAAGAUAAGGGAAGAAGACGACGCGGAAGAUCCCUGGCCUGCAGGAUCUCUGGCAAUGUGAAUUUUGUGGGUGUUACUUUUUGUUGGGAAGAGGUGGGGAGGGCUGCAGGGGCCUGCGGAAGAGCACAGGGUGGGCGAUUACCGUGCUCGCUACUCCUGAACGAGACCCAGAGAGCAGAGCUGCCCCUGCCCAGCCCUCCCCAUGUCCCCCCUGCUGCAGCUUGACUCGUUAGAUGUUAAUUGAGACGAUCUGGUGCCGUAAGGAGGUGGCAAUCAGCCGCCGGGCAUGAGCACUGAGCCCAGCUGGGCACGGUUUGGGGCUUAAAGCUCUUGCUUCUGCUUCUGGAAACGGGAGUGAGGCAGUUGCUGGGUUUGCACCGGGACUGCGAUGCUUUAGGAGGGGUGAGUCUGGAGCUGGGUAUCGCAAGCAGUAAAACGAUGUCACAGCCACGCAGCUGCACGCUGCUUGGG